GAGGAGUAGAAGAGAUUGAACCAUGAGAGAGAACCUUGCCUGUGUGUUAUCCCAAAACAUGGCCUUUACUGACUGUAUGAAACCCACUGACUUUGCUGCAGAAAAGAAGGGGAUAAAGAGGAAAAACUGGAGAAACAGAAUACGAUUUCUUUUGAAAACAAACUCUUCCAAGUCAAUGACAACCCGACCUCACAGGCCGACAGCUGAUGACGUGCAGCAGUGGGCGCAGUCACUUGACAAACUACUCAGUCAUAAAUAUGGAAAAGCUGCAUUUUAUAUCUUCCUGAAGUCUGAGUACUGCGAGGAGAACAUUGAGUUUUGGACGGCGUGUGAGGAGUUCAGGAUCCUCACGUCAAAGAAAGAGAUGGCGUCCAAGGCCAACAGUCUUUACGAGGAUUUCAUUCAAAAUGAAGCUCCCAAAGAGAUAAACCUGGAUUUCCACACCAAAAAUGACAUCGCAGAGAGCCUCCAUGAGCCAACUACCGCCUGCUUCCUGUCAGCUCAGAGGAAGGUCUACAGCCUGAUGGAGAACAACUCCUACUCCAGAUUUAUCUACUCUGACCUUUACAAAGAACUGAGUGCAGCUGCCAGGGGAGAGGGCAAGCACAUUAAGUCCUAGUCAAACUAGACUCCGGCUCCUGAAGUCAUUUGUUUACCACUGUGACUGUGUGAAGAGCUGAGGAUGUUCAUUCCAUGCACUGACACGGGAUAAUAUACUUCAAUGCAAAUCCUGAGAAUAAACAAUAACGGCGAGUAAGGGCAAAUGCAAAAAGGAAGCCAUUUUUAGACCAUCCUGCUGGGAGCUCACCACCAAUGAAGUUUGGAUGAUAAGGCUGGAUGCUAUUGCUGUAUGGUGCUGAAGGUGGCGCACAGAUCCUUUCCACCAGAUUGGAUUACAGUUGCAUUUUCUUGACUGGGCCGUUACCUGCACUAUUUAAAUGAAGUAUUUUUGGAAAUGAUGCGCUUUAAAAGAAUGGUGUUAAGGAUUAACUGCAUUCCCAGCUGAGAUGAAUGUCAAAACAUUUAAUGUAUCUCUUAGGGACAAUGCUGUCAGAAUAUAUUUGUGUGCUGAUUUCCACUUGAAGAUUUUGCACAGCUUUCAUACACACAGGACUUGUGUGUAAAUGAAAAUUACACUGUUUUGCUGUAUUUGCAUCAGUUUACACAUAAAGUGUGAUUUUAACUUAUAUUCACAACUUACACUGUAGAAUGUAUGUGACGUGAAAUUACUGUGAUAAUGUUAUGUUUUACAAAUAUCGCAUCUGUUGUUUGUGAAAUUAAGUUUACAGGCAGCUGGACUGCUUCAGAAAUAAAAUGUAUUCUUCAUGAAA